CAAGUUUGAUGCUAACCACAAAACAAAACGCACCUUACUCCAUUACAGUCGGCGAUUCUGAAACUCUUAGAAAAAGUCAAAUCAUUUUCGGAGAACGAUAUUAAACUCUUAUUUUUAUUUUUAUUUUUUUUCUCUACACUUAGGACCUGAGAUCACGUUGCAUCUCAAAAUAUUUUCAUUCAUUAGAGAGGGAAAAAAAGUGUUCGUUGAAUCUGUUGAAGGUGGUGAUUUGAUUUGAAUUUUUUACAUAACCCAUUUAUCAAUUCAUCUCUUCGAUCUUUCAAUGGAUUCUGACUUCUGGACCUCGCGUCUUGCCGCCGCUAAACGCCAAUACACGCUUCAGCAUCACCAUCAGAAUUCUCAUUUAGAUCGGUUGGGAAUCGAUGAUUUUGAUGUGGAAGAAGAGGUGCGACCCGAUUUCCCUUGCCCCUAUUGCUAUGAAGACUUUGACAUCGCGUCUUUGUGUUCUCAUCUUGAAGACGAACAUUCUUGCGAAGCCAGAGUCACGAUUUGUCCUGUAUGCUCUGUUAAAGUUGCAAGGGACAUGUUAAGUCACAUAACGCUGCAACACGGGCACUUAUUCAAGGUACAGAGAAGACGCAGGUUAAGAAGAGUUGCUAUUCCAAACAGUCAGACACUGUCUCUCUUGGGUCGAGAUCUUCGUGAGGCUCAUCUACAGGUGCUUCUUGGUGGUGCUGGCGGAGGAUACCGGUCAAACAGUGCAGCAGUGUCUAAUGUUGCUACUGAUCCCUUUCUAUCCUCAUUUAUUUUGAAUUUCCCAGCCUGUGAAGCAGAAGAGAUUUCAAAAUCUGUGGUGACAACUGCUGAGGAUUCUUCUGCAAAAAAUGUGACACCUGAACACAUUUGGAAGUCAAGUUUUGAUCCCUCCUUGAGCAGCGAAGAGCGGGAGAAAAGGAUGAGACAAGCUGCUGGGAGAUCUGGUUUUGUGCAGGACUUGUUUCUUUCAACUUUGUUAGGCGACUAAUGAAAGGUGUAAGAUGGUUCGAGAAGAAUAAUGAACAUGAGAUCCAUGGUUAAGGAUCUUGAAUGAAGGAUACCUUUAGUGGGAUCAGUGGUUGUUUGACAAUCCAUGUUAGCCUGAUUGGUAUAUUAUCUAAGUGGCACCUUUCACACAGCGCCGAAUCUGAUCAUAUUUUCCAUUUUAUCCCACCCUUGUAAGUUGUAAGCAUCUUCACUGGAGAUGUAUUACUCUAAAAAAUGUUUUAUAGCUUAUGGAAAGACUUAUUUUGUUA